AUGACCCCACCUAUUGUUGGAACCGACUCUGAAAACAGAGCCAAGCUUCCUAGCUCGAUAACGCUGUUGGAUAUUCAGCGGGACCGGCUCACGAUGAUUGCCGCCGAUAAUUGGUCCAAAACCGUUGACGCCUCGCAGCCAAAGAAGCCCUUCGACCCGGAGCUAGUGAAGGAGAUUUAUCGGACGGAGUCGUGAGUUGGAGAGGGUCAGAGAAGGGCCGUCCCGUCACAGAGGGUAAUGAUUUUGGAGGUCAGUCUAAACUAUCUGUGGCCAAAUUUCGACCCCGAAACCGCAACCUUCGAGCACGUUAUGUCCAUGAUUCUCAUUGUCAAUGAGAAGUUUCGAGCGAAUGUGGCAGCUUGGACGUGCUUUUAUGACCGGAAAGAUGUGUUCAAGGGAUUCCUUGAGAGGGUUCUUCGGCUUAAAUCGAGUUUGGAAGAUGAGAUCGUGAGCGAUACUGUCCUUAGUUUAGCAAGUUUGCAAUCUUGGUACAGUUUGUCGUACGGUCGUUUUCAGAUGGAACUUUGUUUUAACUCUGAUUUGAUCAGGAAAUGGAAAAGGAUGAUAAAGAGGGAGGCCAAAGAGGCUGCAAAACGUGGAGAGCCUUUUAAUCCCUCAACUACACUUGAAAUUCAGUUCUUGAGAAACCUCAUUGAAGAGUUCCUUGAGAUACUUGAUUCGCAGGUUUUACCCCCAGAUCCCAGUAUGAAUGAAGAUGAUCAACUUGCUGGUGCUAUGCGUGUUGAUGAUGCUUGUAUUUUGUACUGUGAGAGGUUUAUGGAAUUUCUUAUUGACCUCUUGAGCCAACUACCAACAAGAAGGUACUUGAGGCCACUUGUUGCUGAUGUAGCUGUAGUUGCCAAAUGCCACUUGAGUGCUCUGUAUAGGCACGAGAAGGGGAAACUCUUUGCACAGUUGGUCGACUUACUGCAGUUUUAUGAAGGAUUUGAGAUUAAUGAUCAUGUUGGUACACAACUGACGGAUGAUGAGGUGCUUCAAUCUCAUUAUGAACACGUCCAAUCUUUCCAGCUACUUGCAUUUAAAAAGGUUCCUAAGUUGCAAGAGCUUGCAUUGGCUAACAUUGGUUCAAUUGACAAGCGCAAUGAUCUGUCAAAGAAAUUGUCUGUUCUUUCUCCUGGAGAAUUGAAGAAUUUGGUGUGUUCAAAGCUGAAGCUGGUUUCAAGGGAUGACCCUUGGUCCAAUAGGGUUGAUUUCCUUAUUGAAGUCAUGGUUUCAUUUUUUGAAAAGCAACAGUCUCAAAAGGAAAAAAUAAAUGCCCUUCCUCUGUACCCAAAUGAACUUAUUAUGUGGGACGAAAGCCUUGUGCCAAGUAUCAAUUACUCUGGAGAUGGUUGUCUGGCCCUUCCAAAACUGAACUUGCAAUUUUUAACAUUACAUGAUUAUCUCCUCAGAAAUUUUAAUCUCUUCCGUCUUGAGUCAACAUAUGAGAUUCGGGAGGAUAUUCAGGAAGUUGUUCCACAUCUUCAUGCAUACAUUAAUAAUGAAGGAGAAACAGCUUUUCGUGGUUGGUCAAGGAUGGCAGUGCCAAUCAAAGAGUUUAAGAUCAGUGAGGUAAAACAGCCAAAUAUUGGAGAAGUCAAGCCAGCUGCUGUGACAGCAGAAGUUACUUUACUUUCUAUUCACCCAUCCUUUGAGCCUCUAAGUACAGAAGAGGAUGGCAAGGCGAGUGUGCCACAGAGUCUUGGUCUUCAAUAUGUACGAGGUUGUGAAAUCAUCGAGAUUCGUGAUGAAGAGGGAACUCUAAUGAACGAUUUUACUGGAAGAAUUAAACAUGAUGAGUGGAAGCCUCCAAAAGGAGAACUGAGAACUGUGACUGUUGCUUUAGAUACAGCACAAUACCACAUGGACGUCAGCAACAUUGCCGCAAAAGGCGCAGAAGAUGUUUAUGGGACAUUCAAUAUACUGAUGAGGAGAAAGCCUAAGGAAAAUAACUUUAAAGCAAUUUUGGAAUCCAUUAGAGAUCUUAUGUAUGAAUAUUAUGUUCCUGACUGGUUGCACAACAUUUUUCUGGGGUAUGGUAAUCCUUCUGCUGCACAAUGGACUAACAUGCCAGAUCUUUUGGAAACUGUAGAUUUUAAAGAUACUUUCCUGGAUGCAGACCAUUUGAAAGAAUGUUUUCCAGAUGAUCAGGUUUGUUUUACUAGUCCAGAUGGCACAGAAAACUUGAAUCCAAGUCCCCCUUUUCGAAUAAAGCUUCCCAAGACGAUCAGAAGCAGCACCAAUGCUCUUCCAGGGAAUAAGAAAUCUAUUAUUGUUUCUAUGAGUCAUGUCCCCAUGGAGAAUUCCGAUGAGAAGAAAGAAAAAAUUGUUGUUGAAGCAUACACACCUCCUGACCCAGGUCCGUAUCCCCAAGAUCAACCAAGGAAGAACACCGUUAAAUUUACACCCACUCAGGUUGGAGCAAUCAUCUCAGGUAUUCAGCCAGGACUAACAAUGGUCGUGGGUCCACCUGGUACUGGAAAAACUUAUACAGCUGUCCAAAUUCUGAACGUUCUCUAUCAUAAUUGUCCGUCUCAGAGAACAUUGAUAAUUACUCAUUCGAACCAGGCUCUAAAUGACUUUUUUGAGAAGAUUAUGCAGAGGGAUGUUCCUGCACGCUAUCUUCUUUGACUUGGGAAAGGAGAGCAAGAGCUAGCAACUGAUCAGGACUUCAGCCGACAAGGCCGUGUCAAUGCCAUGCUUGUGCGGUGCUUAGAGUUGCUAAGUGAAGUGGAGAGGCUGGCUAGAUCACUCAAGUUGCCUGAGGAUGUAGGUUAUACAUGUGAAACUUCUGGGUACUUUUGGUUGCUUCAUGUAUACUCGCAUUGGGAGCAAUUCCUCGCUGCUUGUAAGGAGAAUAAAGAUAAAACAUCAUUUGUCAAAGAUCGUUUUCCCUUCAAGGAGUUCUUCUCCAACACACUGAAACCAGUCUUUACUGGUGAGUCAUUUGAGAAAGAUAUGUGGGCAGCUAAGGGUUGCUUCCGUCAUCUGAAGACCAUGUUUCAAGAGCUUGAAGAGUGUAGGGCAUUUGAGUUACUGAAGUCUACUGCUAAUCGUGCAAAUUACCUGAUGACCAAGCAGGCAAAGAUAGUUGCCAUGACAUGCACUCAUGCAGCUCUAAAGAGAAAGGACUUCCUUGAGUUAGGUUUCAAGUAUGACAACUUGCUCAUGGAAGAAAGUGCUCAAAUUUUGGAGAUUGAAACUUUCAUACCAAUGUUGCUCCAGAGGCAGGAAGAUGGUUAUGCUCGGCUUAAAUGCUGCAUCCUGAUUGGUGAUCAUCACCAGUUGCCUCCUGUUGUUAAGAAUAUAGCAUUCCAAAAAUACAGCCACAUGGAUCAGAGUCUCUUUACGAGGUUUGUCCGUUUGGGCAUUCCUUAUAUUGAACUCAAUGCCCAGGGUAGAGCCAGGCCAAGUAUAGCCAAACUGUACAACUGGAGGUACAGAGAUCUGGGUGACCUUCCAUAUGUAAAGGAGGGUGCCAUAUUCCAUAGAGCAAAUUCUGGAUUCUCCUAUGAAUAUCAGUUGGUGGAUGUGCCAGAUUACCAUGGCAGAGGUGAGUCUACACCUUCACCUUAUUUCUUCCAAAAUGUGGGGGAAGCAGAAUAUGUGGUCAGUGUCUAUAUCUAUAUGCGUCUACUUGGGUACCCUGCAAGCAAAAUCUCCAUAUUGACCACUUACAAUGGCCAGAAGCUUUUAAUCCGCGAUGUUAUCAACAGACGAUGUGCUCCUUAUGAUUUCGUAGGCCUUCCCAGCAAGGUUACAACAGUUGAUAAAUUUCAAGGUCAGCAAAAUGAUUUUAUACUGCUAUUUCUUGUGCGUACUCGCAUUGUGGGUCACCUUCGUGAUGUUAGAAGAUUGAUUGUUGCAAUGUCUCGUGCCCGACUGGGUCUUUAUGUGUUUUGCCGUCGUUCUUUGUUUGAACAAUGCUAUGAACUUCAGCCUACAUUUCAACGUCUACUUCAGAGACCUGACCACCUUGCUCUUAAUUUGAACGAGAUUACAUCAAACACUGAGCGUCACGUUGAAGAAACUGGUCCUAUUCAUCUUGUCAGCAGUGUUGAUGAGAUGAUUGGUAUCUACCAGCAGCUUUAUGAGGUAUAGUUCCAUCUGUACAUGCCUUAUUCAGGUCGAGUAGAUGAAAUCCUUCCGAUGGAUACAGAUGGGCACCAUCCCAUGAAUACAGAUAUGGCUUUAACUUCUGAUGGGGCACCAACAGAUGAUGGCCAGCAUGGAAGCAAUAUGGAAGAAGACACUAAAGGCGAUGUUGCCACCAAUGGGCAGAUCACGGAAUCAUCAUUUGAAAACCGGUCAAAUGGGGAGACAGAUGCUAAAGCUAGCUUGAAUGACAUAAAUGUGCCACCUGAAAGCAAUUCUGAUGAAACAGAAACGGAAGAGUAGUGCUCAGCAGUAGUUAGAUUUGGAUUUUCUUUUUGUGUAAUUUUCAAAUCUGCUAGUAUACUCGAGGCAAGUGCAGUCUCUUUCGUUGUAUGGAUGCCACUCACGAAGCCGCAAUACAACUCAGAUUAUGCUGCUUUGGUAGCCAGUGAGCCUGCAAGUGAUGACUGUAGCUUGUGAGCCAGUGGAUAGUUAAUGCCUAAUCUUUUAUACGCCAAAGGCCACACUUGCGCUGUGCGAGGUUGGUGCUUGUCGGACAGCGAAGUACAUUCUGAGACUUGGGAUUCAUUUUAGAGCUUGUUUUCUGUACAGUGCGAAAUGUAUGCCGAAACCUACUGGAACUUUACAUGUUUUUGGCUGACCCUUCUUGAAGUAGGUGAAAUCCUUCUGUAGCACCGUCACCUGUAACCUCAAUGAACUUACGAUCUAUUAGCGUGCAAAUGAAUUAAGAUGUAAUGUUACUAGAUGAACGUCAUUAGUUGCUUGAGUAAUGGGAUGCGUUUUAGUCGCUUGAUUACAGGUUGCA